AUGGUCAAUCAAACUGCUGCCGACAUGAUUUCGUCGAAUCAGCCACGUCCGCCGAACCAGUGUAAAUCUGGCACGGCUAACACAACCUCAUCGGAACCUACGGUGUCCGGCUCAUUGGUUUGGUCAAAAUCAAUGCAGGGGCUUGUGCUAUCUGCCUUCUACUGGGGCUACAUGUUUAGUCAAGUGCUUGGUGGUUAUUUGGCUGGUCGUUUUGGUGGUAAAUGGAUUAUUCUCGGUUCUGUUGGAACGAGUACGGUGCUGACAUUAGUCAGCCCCAUAUGUGCCAUUGCGCAUGUCGGUGUUUUCCUCGCAGUUCGAGUGAUUAUGGGAUUUAGUCAGGGUAUGAUGUUUCCGGCGUUCCACUCACUUUGGGCUCAGUGGGCACCACCGCUUGAAAGAAGCUUGCUUACGGGCAUCACCUAUGCGGGGAAUCAAAUUGGAAUGACAAUUGUGAUGCCAAUCUCAGGAGUGCUGUGCCAAUAUGGUUUCGCUCAUGGAUGGCCGUCCGUUUACUACGUUUUUGGAAUAGCUGGUAUAGUUUGGUGUGCAAUUUGGUUGUUGUAUGGAUCAGAUACACCGUCAGUGCAUCGUUUCAUCAGCCAAGAAGAGAAGGAAUUCCUCGAGGAUGAACUUCAUGAAACCAGGCAUAUAUCUGAUGAAAAAAAACCACCGAUACCUUGGAAAGCAAUCCUGAAAUCAAAAGCAGUUUGGGGUCUCUGGGCUGGACAUUUUGCAGCUGACUGGGGUGCAUAUACAAUGGCUGCCGGCUUACCGCUAUUCCUGAACGAUGUUUUGGGUUUACAAUUGACAGAGAUGGGUUUCUUAUCAGCGAUACCAUAUUUGGCCUAUUUCGUGGUGAUCAACGUCUCUACCUUCGCAGCUGACGCAAUACGAAAUGCCGCCUGGAUGACGACACUUAAUGUCCGACGCGCUGCUAUGAUUAUUGCUCUUGGAAGUCAAGCCGUUUUCCUGGUGGCGUGCGGUUUUUGUGGAUGUGGCCAACAGGCGCUGGUGAUUGUUUUCUUGACGCUCGGAAUUGGCCUUUCGGGAGCGUCCUAUGCUGGAUUCGUGGUGAAUUAUCUGGACAUUGCGCCUACUUUCGCCGGACCGCUACUCGGAACCGGUCAAACAGUAUCAUGUAUUGCCGGCAUCUUAUGUCCAAUCAUCAUCGGUUGGUUAACACCUCAGGUAUGA